CUCACUGCUGGAACCAUGCAGGCCCCUUGCUGCUCCCUCCUCCUCUACCUCGUCCUCCUCUCUGGGGCAUGGGCAAACCUCAAGGGUAAGUGGGACCCCUGGCUCAUGCACAUCUACCUCCAUGGGACUCCACAGGGGUGUCCCAGCUCCCCACCCUCCUUACUCCUCCUUGUCCCUGGCUCCACACCUCCUCCUCAGCAGGAAUGGCUAUCCCAGGUGGGUUCAGGGGAUGGGAACUGGGGCUGUAAAGGCUGUAAGGGGCUUAUGGGGGACCUGUGGAUCCCUGCAACCUCAAGGAUCCAUCCCUCAGCUCCUACACUUUCCUCAGCCCUCUUCUCCGUCCCAUCUCCUCCCUGUCAACCCUUGUCUCAUGUAGGGACCUUCACUAUCCGUCUGCUCCAGACCACCACCUUCCAAAACACCUCGUUUGUGGAAACGGAGGGGCUGGGCCUGCUGGAAGACAUCGAACUUGGUUUUCUUGAUAAACACACACGGUCCAUCCACUUCUGCCAGCCCUGGGUGCACCCAGCCCUGCCCUACGCUGACUGGGACACCAUUGAUAACCUGCUUAAGAUUUAUUUACAGCAGUUCCACCAUCUGAUCAAUGAAAAGGCUGCGCAAAAGGACGUCCCCUACCCCUUUGUGGUUCAGUGCAUCGCAGGCUGCGUGCUGUACCCCAACAGAACCUCCCAGGCCUUUGCCUAUGUGGGUUACAAUGGUGAGGAUUUCCUCAGCUUCAACACAGAGAACAUCACUUGGACCCUCUCCCAGGACACCAAGUUGUCACGGUAUGUCCAGUCAUUUCUCCAGAACUACACCGCCUUGAGUGAGCUGGUGGAAAUCGUCUUCAACGAUACUUGUGUCGAUGACAUGGAAGUGCUCCUGCAGUAUGGGAGGGCAGCUGUGGAGAGACAAGAGCUGCCCGUGGCCACGGUCUUCGGCCGCACCCCCAGCCCAGCCCAGCUGCUGCUUGUUUGCCAUGUCACUGGCUUCUACCCCCGUCCCAUCAGUGUGGCCUGGCUGCGGGAUGGGCAGGAGGUGCCCCCGGGCCCGGCACUCAACACCAGCAGCAUCCUGCCCAACGCUGACCUCACCUACCAGCUCCGCAGUGUCCUGGCCGUGACCCCCCGUGACGGGCACAGCUACGCCUGCCGUGUGCGCCACCGCAGCCUGGGCACCCGCAGCCUCCUCAUCCCAUGGGAAAAUGGCAGCCCAGCUCCAACCAUCAGCAUUGCCAUUGCAGUGCUGCUUCUUGUGGCCACAGCCUCUGCUGGGGGAUUCUGGUGGUGGAAGCGCAGGAAGGGUAACGAGGUUGCAUGGGAUACCCAGGAAUUCAUCAUUUGAGGCGUGGUUCUGCACACAGAAACAACAGCUUGUUCUCCCUUCUUACUUCAUGUCCCACCUCUGACCCAUCAGCACUGACACGGUUUUGUUCUGGAAAACCACGGCAUUAAACAGCUACAAACUUCCCCUGA